AUGUUACGACAUCUCGCUUUCAUCAAGUUCGCUCUCGCUAAUACUGUCCGUAUCUAUUUGAUUGCCAUCCUUAGUCUAGGCCACUAUGCGGUCGCUCUGGGCACCGUCAAAGAAUACUACCAGAUUGCCUACGGUACAGAUACAGACAAGAGCUUUAAACAGAGCGUCCAGUUCUGGGGUUUCCUGCAACUCAACGUGGGCGUCAUUGCAGAGUGUGCACCCACCCUCAAACCGAUCGUCGGCAAGACCUUGGGGCUAUCCUCCUAUGGCAAAUACGGAAAUUACAACGGCAUCUCCCGCACGGGCGGCAUAGCACGAGCGACCGGUCGAAGCGGUGGCACCAGUCGUAGCCGAGCCGAAAUGGACGCAGACUCGAGAUGCAGUGUCGACCUUUUGCGAGCACCAACGAGGCAUACCAUACGAGUAUAA